AUGGCGACUCGGAUUCCCCCACUCUUGGAGCCUUACCUUGCUCUCCCCGAUGAGGCCUCUCUUAUUCUACUUACAAGCGUUCUGGGAGCCAGCUCAAACUGGUUGGUUCUGCGCUAUAUAUACUCAAUUUUGAAAGGCCAAGAUGGGGGGGAGAACGCCGGUGUUGUGCUGGUCAGCUUCAUGAGAGACGGCACAUUCUGGCGGGAGGGAGCCGGGAGGAUGGGGCUCGAUAUUGACCACAUGAACUCGACUGGGAGAUUUGUGUUUGUGGAUGGCCUGUCUGGGCAGAUCAGUGGCACAAACGCAACAGGCAAGAGUGAGAGAGUGCUGCGAAGCACCAGAGUGAACGACGUGGAAAGGGAGAUUGGGCAAGCUCUGGGUGAACUACGCACACAAAAAAAAGUUCUGAUCGUCGACCAGAUUGAUGCUCUCCUUGCCAUCUCCGAGGACGAUGUGACAAGCUCCAAGCUGUCGAGCAUGAUUCUAUCUCUCCGCGAACGCGCGCACUCUACGAUUCUUACUCUGAGCGCCGACUCACCGUUGGUUCAUUCACAAACAACACUACUGGAGCGCGAACAUGCCGCACUUGCGUUGGGGCAGGCACAUGGAGCUGACAGGGUCUUGUCGCUACGGAUGCUGGACACCGGUACGGCCAAAGACGUCAGCGGGGUGAUGAGAAUCACCAGUAACAUUGAGGGCGAGGAAGGAGGGAAGGAGUAUCUUUAUUUUGUAGCCAGUGAUGGAAGUGUCAAGGUGUUUGAGAGGGGCACCUAG